AUGAAUGGCCUAGACCCGAACACGCUCUGGACAGAGGAAGUGCUUGUUUUGCCAGUUCCAAAAAGUGGCUGUGUCAUGUGGUCUCAACCCUUUGAUUUUGAUACCUGGCCACACUGGAACACGCCGCUACACCGUGCUAUCAAAUUCUCCGAUUUUGAAACUGCCGCGUUUCUACUCCAGCAUGGUGCUAACGUGGACUUAUACAACGCCGUUGGCAAGACACCGUUACACGAGGCUGUAUGGAACAGGAAAUAUGACGCCAUCCGAUUUCUUCUUGGCCACAAUGCUGAAAUGAACAACUUCACCCUUGGAGCGUGCAUUCGGUAUGAAGGUGAAAACCAAGAUAUACACGGAAUUGGAGGCCAACUUAACAUUCAGAAAGCUCUUUCGUCUUCGGACCUUACCUCGGUGCAACUGUUGGUUCAUGCAGGAGCAGACCUGUGCCCUCCGUCGCAGCAUCCAUGGACAACUCUUGAUUUGGCACUGUUAUAUGGAGACCGGACGAUUGUCGAGCUUCUGCGAAAACUGGGUCACAAGCUACCCACGACAGGCCCAACUUCGUCUCGAGAUGUUUAUCAAGAUUCUUCACGAGACCUUCUUAGGUUCUCAAGAGACGGCAAUAUCGUUCCGUCAAAAGAUCUCUAUGAGGUGUAUUGCUUUGUCCUAGGAAAGGUCGAUCAGGUUGCAAUCAUUGACGCUGAUAUCCUUAUCAAAAGGUUUUUUGAAGCCUUGCACGAGACUGCGAAUGAUACUGAUGGCAAUAAACACAUUAUAAUAUGCACGUCUUGUCAGAACUUUCAAUCUGAGGCCAGAGUCAUCUUCGAAGUUGAGAAUUAUUUCACUUUUGAUUUUGACGAGAACAGAGAACAUUUGGGUUUUACUUUUGAUCUUCACCCCAGCCGACGGCAAUUGAUUGAUUCCGCAAGCAACGGAUGUGCAAUUUGUGCUAUCAUUGCCGAUGCUCUGGAUGACCAUGAAAGAAACCCGAGAACAGCGUUUCAGCCCUUCGAUACAGAGUUCGGUCCCGAAUCCGACUCUGUCAAACUACAGCCCGCGAGGUAUUGGUCGCUGAAUUGUAUCAAAGUAUCCUGCAGCGAGCUCGGCACAGAAAUACCUCUUUUCGAUGUCUACGACUCUCUGACCAGUUCUUUUGAAGAUGGCCAUCAGAUGGACAAUAGCACCGGUUCAUCAAGCGCCAUGAUCAUGGCAAAGAAUUGGAUUCGGAUUUGUCAAGAGAACCACACUGAGUGUCAGGAAUUGGAAAAAAAGAGACAUCGGAAGUCCAUCCUUCCACGACGGCUAAUUCGUGUAGGCACAUCCGAGAUUCAACCCCGAAUCGUACAUGUACAAGACACGGUACCUUACUGCGCGCUGUCAUACUGCUGGGGGAGCAAGGACUUCUUCACCACAACACGCGAUAAUCUUGUGCAGAAUAUGCGGGGAAUUUCAAUGGAAUCUUUCCCAGCUAUAAUGCGGGAUGCCAUAUCUGUGGUCCGAUCUCUGGAAUUUGAGUACAUUUGGAUAGACGCAUUGUGUAUCGUGCAGGAUGAUGAGCGGGACUGGGCACAUGAGGCAGGUAUAAUGGGCGACAUUUAUUCCAAUGCCGAACUCACUAUAUCCACCCUCGUCAGCAGCGACUGUCAUACUGGUCUCUUCCAACCCAGAUCUGUACGGAUCUCCCACCCUGUGCCAUUGGGCAUAUGGCAGCCCAAGACGAAACGCAAGGCCAAUGCCUCCAGCGCCCUAACCCCUCAGUGGCUAGAGCGUGAUGUGAAGACUAGUGGUCCAAACCCGCGAGUCUGUAUCCUCCGAGACUGGAUGUGA